AUGGGGAGAGUUACUCGGAGAAGUGUGGCUUCCAAGGAUGAGUCAACUCCAAAAGAGAGUCCAAAGUCUGCAGGAAAACGAGGAGCCAAGAAGGAAGAGUCUGCAAUAGACAAGGCUGCAGGUGGAGACACUCAGGAAACACCAACAAGGAGAAGUGGAAGACAGCCGGCUAAAGAAGGGCCAAAGGCUGAUGGUCCUGCAAGAGGAAAGUCUGCAUCUAGAGGAAGAUCUGCCUCUAGAGGAGGAAAAGCAAAGAAAGAAGAAGAACCUGAGAGUAAAGAAAAAUCAGAAGAUGAGGAAGUUGAAGAAAAGCUUCCGAAAGGAGGUUCACGAAGCAGAAGCAGAGGGAAAGCUGGACAGGAGGUUAAAGCAACAAAUGCUGUCAAAGGUGGAAGAGGAACUAAAACAAAAGACAAAAGUGAGAAAGAUGAAGAAAAUGUUGAAGAAGAGGGUGAAACUGUGAAAGAGACAGAGGAGGAUGAACCAGCUGUGAAAGGCAGGGGUGGUCGAGCGAGAAGCAAGACCACUGCUGCUGCAGUCGCACCAUCCCCACGAACUGAAAGAAAAGGGAGGGGUAAAGCUGCAACUGCUGAACAGGAGAGUGAUGAGAAAGGUGAUGAUUCUGUUAAAAGUAAGAAAGAUGAAGCAGAGGCAUCAACAGCUGCUGAUAACGAAACAGAUGCUACACCAAAAGGUCGGCAGAGACGAGGCGCUAAUAAAGAUUCAGUAGAUACCCCAACAUCAUCAUCAGGGCGCAGGGGUAGAGGCCAGAAAGCAGAGUCUGCACCACCAGUUAAGACAACACCUGCUUCUGGAAAGUCAACCCGGAGAAGAGGUGCAGCUGAAGCUGUAGCCGAUGAAACAGUUGAAAAGACAGAAGAAAUGGAAACUGGGGAGGAAGAGAAGGCCACCCCAGCGGAAGGAGCAGUAGAAAAGAAAGCAGCAUCAACUACUGAUGAAGCAACAACAGAAAAAGAAGAGCAUAAUACUGAGAAGGCAAUAACAGAGAAAGAUAAAAAGGCAGCAUCAGAAAAUGAGGCACCUACAACUGAAGAGGCAGCAAUGGAAACACAAGAGUCAUCCGCUACAGAGAAAGCAGCGUAUAAGGAGCAGACAGCUACUGAAAAGGCAGCAGUGGAUGCUUCUAAUACGGCUGCAGUAGAAGCAUCUGAGCCAGUGAGUCCAGCUAAGAAACGCAAAUUAGAAGAUGAUGAGACCGAGCCAUCAGAGUUAGAGAGUCCCAACAAAAAACGCAAGCUAGAGGGCAGCGACGGCAGUCCUGUGGCCAAGAGAGUCAAGGCAGACACAACAGCACCUGCUGAAGUCAGCACAGAGGAGGAUUUUAUUGUUGUCAACAAAGAGGAUGUUCCUUCUCCUGACAGCAAAGAGGUUCUAGCAUCACUGCCACCGCAAGUCAAAGAAGGGUCCUCUGAUCCACCUGGUUCUGAAGAUAUUACCGACGAGCCAGCAGCAGAAACUGUCGCAGCUAGAACUGUUUCCCUAUCAGAUAUAGACAUCUCUGGUCUGAAGGAUGAUGAUGAAACAGCUGUGAUGGAAACCAGCAUCAAGCCACCCACAGAUGAUUUUGGUGUGUCUUCUGGUGGUCCUGCUAUAUCUGCAGAUUCAGGAGCCGCAGAGCAGGUAUCUGGAGCCACAGAAAAGGUGAAGCUGUCAAGUGAUGACACUAAUGCCAGUCAGGAUGGAGCUCUUGUUCAAGACACUGUUACCCCGACUGCAGCAGCUGAACCAGCUUCUGCUCAUGCCAAUUCUACAUCAGAGGCAGCUCCUGUAGUUCCACAGGACACACUGGCAGCUCCACAGACAUUUCCAGCAGUAGAUUCCAGUCAGCCAGAAGCAAUGGAGGUAGACGGAGAAGUAUCUUUGGGAAAAACAGCUAGUAAUUUCACUGAUCAUUCAGCUGUUCAUCAGAAUGGCACAGACGAGGAGCCAUCGAUAGUUAACUCUGACACUCACUUAACCUCCAGUCCAGACAAAGUCCAGGCAGCUGUCCGCAAGGAUUAUGUGCCAUCCUCCACCGCCAUCGACAGCCGCAAGUUUAUUCUCAAUCCCACAUUUCCUGUGGAGAUGAUGGAUCCAGCAUAUUGUUUCAGUGUGGUUAGUUACAACAUCUUGGCAGACUGCCACCUGUGCAGGGGGGACUACUCUUACACACAGCCCCAGUACCUGGCCCCAGAGUUCAGGCACAACCUGUUGCUAAAGGAGCUGGACUAUUUGGACGGAGACAUUGUGUGCCUGCAGGAGGUCAGCCCCAAGUUUUAUAAUGAUGCUCUGCUGCCCGCCAUGAAGAGCAAAGGAUAUGAAGGUCACCUAAUCAAAAGAACUAAGGAGUACUGGGAUGAAGGGGAAGCCACAUUUGUGAAAACAUCCAAGUUUGACCUAGUUUCUAAUGAAUCUGCAUCCCUAGCAGAUCUGGCAUUUAAAAAGGUAGAGAGCUGUGGGUUGAGUGCUGAAGUCACUAGUGCAGCCAAGAAGUACCUAGACAGGGCAGAUGUCAUCUUGUUGACAGAGCUGCGCUGUAAGAAGACGGGGAAAACUCUCACUGUAUGCAAUAUCCACGUGGUUUAUGAUCCCAAGGCUCCAGAUGUCCAGUGCAUUCAGGUUGCUUUGGCUGUGAACCAGCUGGUUACCAAAGCUGGGAGUGACCAGAAUCCUCACAUUAUCUGUGGAGACUUUAACGCAGAUGCCAGUUCACCUGCCUACCAGCUGGCCAGAGAUGGUUAUCUAUCAGAUGAUCACAUCCGCAAGCUCCAGGCCCUGCAGGCUCUCAGUAAUACGGAUGGAUCUUCGCAGGCACUGAUUCAUCACUUGUGGGCUGCCUUCCAGCAUACAUCAUCCACCCUAAAGAAUGCCUAUGAGCAGACACUGGGUAAAGAACCUCCAGUCACAGUGUACACGAAAGAAGGGCGGUCAGCUGACCACAUCUUUUUUUCAUCUGCAUCCAUUGACAAUGUUGGCGUUCUGGAAACCUUGGACUUGGAGGUCCUGCAAGCUUCUGGGGGCCUUCCCAGCAAAAGUAUCCCAUCCGACCAUGUCUCCAUUAAGGCAGGGUUUCGGCUGAAGUAG